AUGAAAACAAGUUAUUUGUUCAUUGUUCUUUUCGGAUUAUGUUCAUUAGCAAAAGAAUGUCCAGCUAAAAAACCAAUUGUAUUUAUUCCAGGUAUUCUCGCUUCUAUGUUGGAAGGUGAUGUUAAUAUUGCAGAUAUUAGUAAGACACCACUUCCAGAGAAAUGUGAUACACAUGUUGAAUAUGAAAGACUUUGGGUUGCAUUAAAGAAUGUUAGACCAUUGAAGAAUGACUGUUCAUUAGGAUAUUUAACACCUAUGUGGAACUCAACAAGUAAAGAACAAAUUGAUAUAGAAGGAGUUAAUAUUGUUUCACCAAGAUUUGGAAGUACAUAUGCAUGUGAUGAAAUUGAUCCUAAUUGGCCAGUUUCCAUGUUUGCAAAAUGUUUUCAUGACUUAAUUAAGAAAUUUAAGAAAUUAGGAUAUGUAGAUGGAGAUAAUAUGGUAGGAGCAUCAUAUGAUUGGAGAUACUAUAGAUAUGGAGAAUAUAAACAUAAAAGAAAUUGGUUUGCAGAUACUAAGGAAUUAAUAAUUAAUACAUAUAAUAAAUAUGGAAAAGUAGUUGUUAUUUCACAUUCAAUGGGAGGAUUAAUGUUUUAUAAAUUUUUAGACUAUGAAGGAAAAGAAUUUGCAGAUAAAUAUAUUGAUAAUUGGAUUGCAAUAUCAACACCAUUCCUUGGAUCAGGAAAGGCUAUUGCAGCAGCAUUUCCAGGAAAUAAUCUUGGACUUCCUAUUAAUGCAGACAAAUUAAGACCAUUUGCAAGAAGAACAGAAACAGUUGCAUUAUUAUUACCAAUAGGAGGAACAAAAAUAUUUGGAGAAGAAACAUUAAUGAAAAUUAAAUCAACAGGAAAAACAUAUAAUGCGGAUGAGUUAGAAGAAUUAAUUAAAACAGUAGAUGAUAAAGACUUCCAAGAAAAUUAUCUUCAUGGAGUUCAACAUGGAAUGAAAGAUUUAUAUGAAAAAUAUAAUUAUAAAUUACCAUUUGAUAUUAAAAUGCAAUGUAUGAUAUCAUCAGGAUAUGAAAGUAUUAAAGGUGUAGAAAUGGAAAAUGAAAGUUAUGAUAGUGACAGUAAACUUUUAUAUAGUGAUGGAGAUGAAACAGUAAAUUUGAACUCAUUAGAAUUUUGUAAGAAUAUUGGAGCAACAACAUUUAAAAAUUUAGGAAAAUAUACACACACGGGAAUAUUAGAUAGUAAAGCAGUAUAUGAAGAAGUUUAUUCUUAUGUUUGCAAUUGA